AUGUUCCUCACCAUUGGUCGCCGCACUUGUGGCCGCCCUCCUCACCUGAUUGCAACUACCUUGACUAUUUCUUCUAGGGCAAUUAUAGCUUAUCUUUUUCAUUCUGAUAUUUAUUCGUUUUUUUGUUUUGAGUUUAAUAUUUUUCUUGUUUUUUUUUCUUACAUUUCUGUUUAUAUUUCUUUCUUUUUUCUUUUCAAAUUUACAGAAUUUAUUCCUUAUAUUCUUUUGAUUUCUUUCCUUCCUUCCUUCUUUCUUUCUAUCUUAUUUCUUUCUUUCUUUCUUUCUUUCUUUCUUUCUUUCUUUCUUUCUUUCUUAUAUAAUGUAUUUUUCUUUCUUUAUUAUCUUUGUUGUUCUUUCUUCCUUUCUUUCUUUCUUUCUUUCUUUCUUUCUUUCUUUCUUUCUUUCUUUCUUUCUUAUAUAAUAUAUUUUCUUUAUUUAUUUCCUCUGUUGUUCUUCCUUUCUUUCUUUCUUUCUUUCUAUUUUUAUUUCUUUAUUUUCUCUGUUUUUCUUUCUGCCUUUAUUUAUUUCUUAUAUAAUAUAUUUUCUUUCUUUAUUUCGUCUGUUCUCUUUCUUUCUUUCUUUCUUUCUUUCUUUCUUUCUUAUAUAAUUUAUUUUAUUUUUUAUUUUCAUGCUUUUCUCUCUUUCUUUCUUUCGUUUUUUCUUAUCCAAUGA